ACCUGCAAACGUACCCAUCAAAAACGCAUUCACCCUGUCUCUCUCUCUCUCUCUCUCUCUCUUCGGCACAAAGAGGAAAGGAUUUCUUGACAUCUCUGCAACAACAUGAGAGUUAAUAUGCAAAGACACUUCUAUUUUCGGAAGUUAUGUUUCGUGGCUCUGGUGAUCGCUGCUCAUUUCUUCACCACAACGGAAGCUCUUUGCCUCGAUGGCAACUGCAAGGUGGGGGACAUGUGCGUGAAGGAUAGCAAUUGUGCUCAAGGCCUUCACUGCGAGACUUGUCUUGCCAAUGGUCAUGUGGCACCUAGAUGCACCCGGAUACAACCUUCUAAUCCCCUAAACAAGGUGAAGGGACUUCCAUUUAACAAGUACUCAUGGCUAACUACCCACAACUCCUUUGCCAUAAUUGGGGAGAAGUCCUUACCAGGAACUACUCGCCUCUCUCCUUCGAAUCAACAGGAUUCCAUUACCAGCCAGCUUAAUAAUGGAGUGAGGGGGUUGAUGCUGGAUAUGUAUGACUUCAUGAACGAUAUUUGGCUGUGCCACUCUUUUGGAGGCAACUGUUACAAUUUCACAGCUUAUCAACCGGCACUCAAUACCCUGAAAGAGGUGGAGGCCUUCCUGGCCGCGAACCCAUCAGAGAUUGUCAGCAUCUUCAUUGAGGACUACGUGACAUCACCACAAGGUCUCACCAAGGUCUUUACUGCAGCUGACCUCAAGAAAUACUGGUUUCCAGUGAAUCGAAUGCCAAAGAACGGAGAGGAUUGGCCAUUGGUCUCAGACAUGAUUGCUCAGAACCAGAGGCUUGUGGUUUUCACCUCGAAAUCCUCCAAGGAGGCAAGCGAGGGCAUUGCUUAUGAGUGGAGAUAUCUUGUGGAAAACCAAUAUGGUAAUGGAGGAAUGAAAGCGGGCUCCUGUCCAAACAGAGCUGAGUCAUCCCCAAUGAACACAAAAAGCAGGUCAUUAGUCCUUCAAAACUAUUUCCCAGACGACCCUGAUCUACCUACGGCCUGUCGAGAUAAUUCUGCUCCCCUGAUUAGCAUGAUGAAUACUUGUUACAAAGCUGCUGGUGAUCGUUGGCCUAACUUCAUUGCAGUUGAUUUCUACAAGGUAAAGAUAGAAGUGGCUAAUGCAACCAUGGGGGUCUGCAGCGACAACAGCAUGGAUCCUGCCGCAGAUUCCAUUCCUCUGAAAACAACUCAAUCAUCAGCAGUCUCUGUAAAUAGCCCCACAUUGUUCAGCUUGUUGCUGCUUUUGCAGUUUACACACUUGUGA